AUAUCCAAAAGCCCAACGGGUCAAAACCGGAGACAACAAAGAGGAAUGGAAGCCGCCGGCGCAGCCACGCCUCCGGCGCCGCACCCGGCGGUGGAGCCGCUGGCCUUCCUACUGGGCAAGUGGCGCGGGGAAGGCGAGGGCAGCUUCCCCACCAUCUCCUCCUUCCGCUACGGCGAGGAGCUCCUCUUCUCCCACCACCCCUCCAAGCCGAUGAUCUCGUACACUCAGAGGACGUGGAAGGCGGCGUCAGGCGAGCCGAUGCACGCCGAGAGUGGGUACUGGCGGCCCCGCCCCGACGGUUCCGUCGAGGUGGUCAUCGCGCAGAGCACAGGCCUUGCCGAGGUCCAGAAGGGUUCAUAUGAUGCUGAAAAGAAAACAGCGACACUCCAAAGCGAACUUGUAGGCAAUGCAUCAAAGGUGAAGCAGAUCACAAGAGCUUUUCAAGUGGUAGAAGGGGAGCUCUCGUACGUCGUUCAGAUGGCAACAAUCACUACUAGCCUACAGCCACAUCUCAAGGCCCUUCUCAAAAAGAUUUGAAGAUGACAGUCAAUGUGUGGGUCACCUGACUUCCUGAACACAAACUUCUGUUCAUCACUUGAGGGAAACCUGUAAGUCAAUGUGUGGGUCACCUGACUUCCUGAACACAAACUUCUGUUCAUCACUUGAGGGAAACCUGUACGUUCAAUAAUCUCUUAGGAACUGUCAUACAUGUAUACAGCUGAACAUUCAGCCUCUACGUCUACAGACAUUUCAUUUCCAAGACACUACAUAUUUUUGAUAGA